AUGAAUUUCUACAGAUGGAUGGUGCUACCGUUUAUUUGGGCUAGUAUUGCCGUACUCGCCGCAGGAGCAUGCGGGGACUUCGUCUCAACCAACUACGAUGAAUACAACGAUGGCGUGCUCGGUCACCGUCCUCAUCUGGAAUUCCAUUCCAGCGAUGAAUAUGCGCCGAUCAUGCAAGCUACCGUCUGGGAUAGCGAUGCUAUCUCCGAUGCGGGCUCCCACAUUUUCCUACGACAUGAUGGCAACGACACUUCGCCGCUCGCGUCCCCUUUAAUUAUUGAUGCACGCGACUUGAGCGCGGUAUACAUGAACCGAACCUUCAAAAAUGUCUUCGGCACUCGGGUUCAAGAAAAUAAGGGAAAGAAAUACUUAACCUUUUGGGAAGGAGAAAAGGGUAAUGGGAUUGGCGAUGGUUAUGGACUUGCCUAUGACGAUACGUAUCGCCUAGUCUAUAAAGUAUCGGCGCAAAAUAUCCAGGUACACAGUGACUUACAUGAGUUCGCAUUCACUGGAAACGGAUCAGCUUUGGUUACUGGCGUGAACUCAAUUCAAGUGCAUCCAUCAAUGUUCCCUCAGUGGGAGCUACCACCAUUCAGCAUCGAAAUACUAGAUGCAGUUUUCCAAGAAAUUGACCUUGAGACGAACGAGGUUCUCUUCCACUGGCGAGCCCUCGAUCACAUAAACCCUCUGGACUCGUACGAGUCAAUGGGCCGUGGCUGGGAUGCAUAUCACAUCAACAGUAUUGAAAAGACCCAAGCAGGAAACUAUCUCAUAUCCAUUCGCCAUACAUUCUCUAUCCUGCUUAUUAGCGGGAGUACGGGAGAGAUCAUUUGGCAGAUGGGUGGAAAGAGAAAUGACUUCGAUGAAAUACCCGUGGUGAAUGGGUCGGAUACAACCCAGGCUGUGUUGACAAUGAGCUGGCAACAUCACGCUCGUUUCGUCCCUGGGACGAAUGAAACUCAGAUUACACUGUUCGACAACCACGGCACUGCCACCAACCACGGCGACUGCAAGGCUUUAUGCUCGCGUGGCCUACAUUUUGCCAUCAAUGAUACUAUCUCUCCUCCCACGGUUAAAUUCCUGCGUGAAUUCCGUCACCCCGCACAGCUUCAGGCUCAGAGUCAAGGAAGUGUGCAGCCACUAUCCCCUUCCAUGGAUGGCCUCGGUAAUGUUUUCAUCGGCUGGGGCCGAUGUCCAUCAUUUACAGAGCAUAACUCCCAGGGAGAGACAGUGAUGGAUAUCCAAUUCUCACCAUGGCAUAGUGAUGAGAUCCCCGAUGCACUCGAUAACUACCGUGCGUACAAGAUGAACUGGUCCGCAACUCCCUGGUGGGACCCUGCCAUUGCCAUGCGGAAAACCCAGAAUGGCGAACUUGUUGUUUACCUUAGCUGGAACGGUGCAACGGAAGUUGCGGGGGACUACGACAAAGUCGUUACAGAAGGUUCGAGGACUGGGUUUGAAACAAAGUUAAUUGUCGGGGAGACCCCGUGGCAAUAUUUAUGGGCCGAAGCGGUCGACAAAGCCGGAGAUGUACUUCGGUCAACCGAUAUUGUGGACUUGACAACCGCAACCCUCCCGAUAGUUUUUGAUACCUAUGAUGCUAAUUUCACUUUUCCCUCUGGAAGGGUGAAUACACAGCAUGUAGCUCAGCCAUUGAGCAUGACCUCGGUGUUAUUACUCACUGGAAUAGCUACCGUCGCCCUUGUGGUGUUCUCCAUUGGGGCGGAGGAUUUUGACCUCGGUCUGGAAGAGCUUUUGGACGAUGAUAAGCAAAAUGACAGCGACGAUGGUGAUAUUUUUGACGAUGAGGGAGACACUCUGAUAGCCUCACAAUCACUAUUUCAGGAUCAUGACGGACGACCUCUUCUGCCGAGGAAUGAAGGGAAUAUACACCCUAGGAGUUAG